CUCUCCUCUCUGUCCGCUCAGUAUGCACCAGUAGUGUUGAGCCGGUUGCCGCGCUGACUAACCCUGCCUUGCCCAAAACGGCUGAAGAUGUUGAGUCGGUGAGAGGAGCUGAAAGUGAAAAAAGAAGAAGCGCUACAUAUAUUCGGAUUGGUUGCUAGAAGAACCAUGUCGAGAGUCGAGGGGACUUCGAGAAGCUGUAGACUGGGAUAGCCCGGCCCUUUCUACUCGGAGUACUGCCUCUCAUAUUUUUGGACUCGGCGGGCAUUCCCGGUCGCGAUGUGGAAAUUAUUCAUCGUGCAAACAUCUGCUUCGAAAGGUCAUUAGACAGCGAUUCUGCAACAUCCCCAAAGGUUUGGUGUGGGCUCGCGCGUUGUCCGUUUACGUGCGUGCACGUGAGAGCGCCUGUGCGUGCGCGCGUCGGUAGGUCACGAUGAGUUUAGUAUCAGGCUUUCCUCAUCAUCCGGUCAUGCACCACCACGACAGCCACCACUACUCCCUGCACCCGGCCGCAACGGGUCGGUGUCACGAGGACACGGGAGCGCCUCCUUAUUUCACGAGCUGGCUCAUUAGUCACGCGGAUAUGUCGCCCACCGAAUACGGCCUCGCGCCGGGCUACAGCCCUGAUUACCACGGCAACGGUGGCACAGGGGCCGUAGGUGGCCUAGAUCCUCACCACCACCAUCACCACUACGGACACGGUGCUUUGGUUCCCGGAGCUGGCGCCAUCUCUGUUAAUGGAGCCCAGGUGGGUAUGCAUCACCACCACGCACAUCCACGCACAGUAAAGCGGAGACCUACUGCAAACCGGAAAGAGAGACGGCGGACUCAAAGUAUCAACUCGGCUUUCGCGGAACUGAGGGAGUGUAUCCCCAAUGUCCCCGCCGACACUAAGCUGUCCAAGAUCAAGACGCUUCGGCUGGCUACCAGCUACAUCUCCUACCUGAUGGACAUCCUGGACAAGGACGGCCAACACGGAGACACUCAGGCAUUUAAGGCCGAGCUGAAGAAAACAGAGGCGCGGGAGGAGCGGAGGAAGCGGGACACGGUGGAUGUCCCCAAGAUGGUGUCAUCGUCUUCUUGCUCGUCGUCGUCCUCAUUGUCACUGGGAGACAAGAAGACUAAAGGGAGGACAGGAUGGCCCCAGCACGUCUGGGCUCUGGAACUCAAGCAGUAACUUCCACCCUGAAGGUCAAUUGCACCCCGUUCCCCUCUGCUCUGUCUUCGGCAGCGGGACGAUCAUGGUGCUCUUAGAUGAAUUAUAUUAUCAUCGCCUUUUGUCCAGUAUAGACCUCGGGCCACACACAUCCCUUCCUCACAAGGAAAAUGAAUAAAUAGACCCGGUAGAAAAUUAUGGAGGUUUAUCCCUGUCGAGGGGUGGUUACCUGCUGUUUGCUAUCAUUUUCGACCUGCAAAAUCCUUAAAUUGUUACCUCAGUUAACAAAUAAACUAAACACUGCAACGGGAUAUUUAAAUGGUCAUCGUAAUACUGACUGCAUUGCCAAUGUCAGUAGGCUACAUUAUCGCGUCAGGUUUGUGGAGGUUAAAUCGUGGACAGCGUUUCUGCAUGUCAAUCGAUUUUCUGAAUUUUAAUAGAUGGUUUAUUAGCAGCAUGGGAUGCCAGAAAAAAACCCUUGAGGUUUGUUCUCUUUUAAUUAAUGAAAAUAAACACAAGUAGACUACCUGAAGAUAUUAGAACCACUCGUCCUUUGGGCCACAAAUUUAAUCCCACACAUUCUGUACAAAUGAGAAGUCAGUUUGCUCGCAGCUUUAUUUAACUCGAUAUACGUAUUUAUGUGCAAUGUGGCCUUUUGGAAGAGCCAAACUGCCACUCCACUGAGGCCAAAAGACAUAAUAUUUCUUAGUACACUCCGCAGUGUUUGUGUCGUUGUAGUGUCGACCUGCAAAUGUUUUGUCUCUCUGGCUCUUUCUGGGCUGGGGUGUAUAUAGUUUACAUGUUGAGACGUCACUGUGAUGAUAAGGUGUCCGUGUUGUGAAGUGAAGAACGUGGUGGGAAUGUAAAUAAUGCUAAUUAUAAAAUGUAAUCUGUGUUUUGAAUUUAAUAAACCACCACCUGUUUACAUGGAAA